CACAGGAGAGAGUACUACACCCUACACUACUACUACUACUACAGUGAAAAAAGCAGACAACCACGUUCUCAGUGAGAAAGCAACAAAUCGAGGCGUAUAAUAAGCUGUUUUUGGGAUUCUGUAACGUUUGCGGCUUCUUCGUUCUCUCUUUUUCCCCUUCUCCAUUGAUUUUUUUUUUUUUUUUUUAUAAUAAGCUGCUGCUUCAGCCAAGCUUUGCUGAGCUGAAAGCCUGUCGUAACGUAAAGGAGGAGCAAAGGGUCAAAAAUUUUGAGGGAAAAGUUUGCAUCUUUCGCUGAGGGUUCUUCUUGAUAUUUGUCGGGUUGUUUGUAAUUACUAGAUUAAUCGUGCCAUUGAAUUGAAUAAAUGCUAAGUCUGCGGUGAAUUCGGGUUGAGAAUUUCUGGGUAUUUGUUGAAUUUUCAAAUAAAAACAUUUUUUUUUCUGUUUUAAUGAUGAUGGUGGAUAGAACCUCUUCUUCUUUCUCUUCUCUGCGACAAAAUGGCAAUCCCUCAGGGAAGGAUGAUCUGUAUGAUGAACUAUGGAAGCUCUGCGCGGGUCCAUUGGUGGAUGUUCCUAGACCUGAUGAAUGGGUUUACUAUUUUCCACAAGGUCACAUGGAACAAUUGGAGGCAUCGACCAAUCAAGAGAUGGAUCAGAGGAUAUCAAUGUUUCCUCUGCAGUCGAAGAUCCUUUGCCGUGUUUUAAACAUUCACCUUCUGGCUGAACGAGACACUGAUGAGGUUUAUGCCCAAAUUACUUUGAUGCCGGAAGAGCAAAUGAAGGCAACUAAUCCGAAUCCAUGCCCUCCUGAGCCUCCAAGCCCCAAAAUUCACUCGUUCUGCAAAGUUCUAACUGCAUCAGAUACAAGCCCUCAUGGCGGGUUUUCUGUUCUAAGGAGACAUGCUACUGAAUGCCUUCCUCCCCUGGACAUGAGUCAGGAGACUCCGAGUCAGGAUUUGGUAGCCAAGGAUCUUCAUGGUGUCAACUGGCACUUUAAGCAUAUAUAUAGAGGGCGACCUCGAAGACAUUUGCUCACAACUGGAUGGAGUACCUUUGUCUCAUCGAAGAGAUUAGUUGCAGGAGAUUCUUUCGUGGUCUUGAGAGGAGAAAAUGGGGAACUUCGAGUUGGGGUUAGGCGUCUGGCUAGGCAACAGAGCUCCAUGCCACCGUCGGUUAUUUCUAGUCAAAGCAUGCAUCUAGGAGUGCUUGCAACAGCGUCUCACGCUGUUACAACUCAAACUCUGUUUGUUGUCUACUACAAGCCGAGAACAAGCCAGUUCAUAAUAGGCUUGAACAGAUACGAAGAAGCCAUUAAUCGCGGAUUUUCAGUAGGCAUGAGAUUCAAGAUGCGGUUUGAAGUAGAGGAUUCGCCUGACAGAAGAUUUCUGGGAACCAUAGUUGGGGUUGAAGAUAUCUCCACACAGUGGGAAGACUCUGACUGGAGAUCAUUGAAGGUUCAAUGGGAUGAGCCCUCGCCCGUUACUAAACCUGAAAGGGUUUCUCCGUGGGAGAUUGAGCCUCUCGUGCAAUUAAUCCCACCAAGUCUCGCUCAACCUGUGGCGAUGAAGAACAAAAGGCCUCGCCUACAUAUUAAACCUACUGUUUUGGAACCUUUGUCGUCAAAAGCAUCAUCUGAUAUAACCCAACCGAAUGGUACUACUACUCAAGGACAAAGCGCUGACCGCCUGUUUUCUCAGCUUACUACACAAUCAGAUGCGAGUGGUUCACUCCUCAAUGGCAGCCGCAGCUGCUCUACAAGGAGUCAUACUCAUACCGAGGCUGUCUGGCCUUCUCAUGUUAAAGCUUCUUUGAGCGUGUAUGCUGAUGAAACUGAAGAUAGUAAAGCAGCUUCUGCUCGGUCUGUUUAUUCGAGCCAUGUGCCCCCACGGAGUGGAGAACAGAAUGAUAAACUACAGUUGGGUACUGCCUCAACUUGUAGAUUGUUCGGUAUUGACUUGAAAAGUACCUCGGUGGUCUUAGUCCCCGAGAGUCCAAGGAUAGCAUGCAGUGGUGAUUUGGGGCAAAAGCCCGACAAUUCUGUACAUUCCAAGGAUUUGAAGCAAGAACAAUCACUUGGCCGAGCAAAGGAGGGUAAAAACAAGCCCAGUUACUCCACUAGAAGUCGCAUCAAGGUUCAAAUGCAAGGCGUGGCAGUGGGUCGUGCAGUGGACUUGACAGCCCUAAAGGGAUACGAUGAACUUAUAGCUGAACUCGAAGAGAUGUUUGAAAUCCAGGGAGAGCUUCACCCGAGGAAGAAAUGGGAAAUUGUCUUUACAGAUAAUGAGGGGGACAUGAUGCUUAUGGGCGAUCACCCAUGGCUAGAAUUCUGUAGUGUGGUCAGAAAGAUUCUUAUCUGUUCCAGUGCUGAUGUGAAGAAAAUGAGUGCUGGCAUAGAAGCUAUGUGAUCAGGGUGAACAUAGAUAAUGAAAAAUACAACUUUUGAUGUCAGUUUCCUUAGGUUAUUCUCUUAUUUGCUCUCUCCCCCAUGGUAAAUAAACACAUUUGGCGGGGAGUUUGUAGAACAUUUUUCUUGUAGGCCGGCUUGGGAAGGAGAUUUUCAUUGUAUGCCAUCAAGACCGAAAUUAAUGGGAAAAUCAGAGUAGUGAUCAAAGCUUAUUCUUGCUAGACGGGGGGCUAAGUUUUCAUAACAGCUAAGAAAUAGACAUCAUUUUAGUCACUGCAGAACUUAUUUAGUAUUAGUAACUAGUGCAGGGAAACCAGUGGAAUCUGUUGAUAUCUGAUGAGAAGUAAUUGUGUUUUCCUGUAUAUAUGUUUUGUGGUUUUGGUGGGUAUCUGCAAACAGUUUGUAACUGGAACUGGAACUGGAAAUGUUUGGAAUGACAGUAGCCAAGAUUAUAUGCAUUUUUGCAA